AUGCCAAAACCCGUCAUCAGCGUGUUGGGAUCUCUCAACAUCGAUCUCGUCUCAUACGUUCCCCAUCACCCCCUACCCGGCGAAACCAUAACUUCCAGCCAAUUCAAUGUUUUCCCAGGCGGAAAGGGCGCAAACCAAGCCGUUGCUUGUGCAAAGCUCUCUCGAACCUCUGAUUUCAAGGACUCGAGUGUUGACGUUGUCAUGAUUGGAUCAAUUGGAGCAGACGCAUACGGGACUACGCUUCUGGACAGCCUCAAGUCAUAUGACGUGGGAACUGAUUCAAUCAUUGUGAAUCGAGAUGGCGGCGCUGGCUCACAGAGUGGUAUAGCAAUGAUCAUCGUUGAUGAACCAACGGGUCAGAACCGCAUUAUCUUGUCUCCGGGAGCCAACAAUUCCCUUCAGCCGAGCCAAUUCCAGACGAUCCCUGGGCCAGCACCUGCUCUACUCAUCAUGCAGCUGGAAAUUCCACUGGACACUGUUAUUCAGGCUUUCCAAGCAGCAAAGGUCAUGGCAACACCGGUUCUUCUCAACCCUGCACCCGCUCAAGCUCUUCCUGAGGAGAUCUACCAAGGACUAGCACAUCUCAUCCUAAACGAGACCGAAGCAGCGCUAUUGUCAGACAAGGAUGAGUCAGAGUUUGAAAACAUCUCUGUUGUGGAGCAAUCUGCAUCUGAUUUCCUCGCUAGAGGUGUCCACAACGUUGUCAUCACGCUUGGUGGAAAGGGUGCCUACUUUGCCAACGACACAGGCGCCAAGGGUCUCAUUCCCGCACAAAAAGUCAAGGUUGCCGACACAACUGCCGCCGGCGAUACAUUCAUUGGUUCAUACGCAGUAGAAGUGGCACUCGCAGGUCAAAAAUCUGAGAAGUUCGACAUUGAAAAGGCCGUUCGUUCAGGAAUUCGAGCUUCAUCACAUACAGUUGCGAGGCGAGGAGCACAAGUAUCAAUCCCAUGGAAGGACGAGUUGGAGUGA